AUGUCUGAAGCCCUUGUCGACAGCUUCAGAACGGAGCUUAACCGUGAGGCAGAAUUGCGGUUGAGCAAAAAUUUUCCUGAACACCUACAGGCUGCCAAUCAGCUGUUAAAACAACCACUCUUCGACAUUGACACAAGCAGAAAAAAAGCCCGUGAACAAAGCGCAACACCACUGACAAAUGCAGAGACUGUCAACGGCGAAUCCAUACCUCGCACAAAGGCAUCAAUCGCGUCAAACAGCCUAAUUGAAGAAGCCUACAUGGCCGUGAAGCCGUUGCUUUUGCAGCUGGGCGAGGAUGUACAGCUGCUACGUAUGUGGGUGAUGAUGAACGUACCGCGAAUAGAGGAUGGCAACAAUUUCGGCGUUUCAGUUCAGGAAGAAAUAAUCAUGGAAGCCGCCAAGACCGAAACAGACGCAACCACAAUGCUGGACUUCUACUGUGACUACUUGUCAUUUCGCGGGAAGCUGUGCACAAAGCGAAUGAAGUGGCCUGGCGUCGCGGACUACGAACGCGCAAUCAGCGAUUUGGACGAGACCACGUACAUUCGACUUAGGAUGGCUGUUCAGGAUAUAAGGAAUAACUACGCCAGAAUGUAUGACCUCUUCUCAAAAAAUGCUGAGAAAAUUCGGAAUCCACGAUCGGACGGAAUGAACGCGGUCAACAUCAUGUAUUAG